CGGGUUCGGCUUCGGCUUCGGAAAUGGCCGCGGGAAAGUAGAGAGCGUUACGUCGUCUGGCAAGCGAGCCAAAGUUUUUCGUGUGCAGCGCUCGUUAACCCGGCGCUUCGGGCGAUUCACCACACUUUCCACCACGGUGCCAUGUUUUGAGAGGAAAAAAAUUAAAAUCGAGUAAUAGUGUAAAAUCUUGGUGGUGAAGAGCAGUGCGGGCGGUCGUGCACGAGGAUGGCCGGCGACGACGGUGCACCACCGAACAAUGAGAUCCUCGGAGAGGGGCAGGCCGCGUCAGUGCGGGGGGAACCGCAUUCCAGAGUGGGCGGCAUCCUGGAAUGCGAUCCCCCCGGUAACAAGAAUUCGUCGAGCGAGCGAGCCUGCGACGACGACUGCGACGAGUCUGUGAUCGCCGACGACAGCGGAGGCGGUGGAGCAGUGAUUGCCGGCGAUAACGGCGCCCUGUGCCGAUAUGCCAUCGGCACUGCCAAUACCGCUAUGUCUUUCAUCGAAGUCUGUCAGAUACGACUGCAGCAUCUAUUCCCACACUUGGUCUCCUCUACUCGGUACAAUCUCUGCGAGGAUUCCAUAGAACUCACCGCGGAAUGUUUGGCCAACGACGUGAUACGGUAUCUGCUGAAGGAAGAUAUCUAUCUCAUAUCACGGGACCCUGUAUCGAGGAGCAUGAGGCACAACGUGUAUCAGAUGUUAAAUAAACACAGCAUAUUGUUCGCGAGCAUGGUGAACCGUUUGAACGUCGUGCCGGAUACGGCAUACGAGGCGUUCAUGGGAGUCGCAGAUGAGCUCUUCUUACACGGCGGUGUUACUUGGGCGAGGAUCGUGUGUUUGUACGCGUUCAUGGGCAGGCUUGCUCUGUGGGCUCGUGACAGACGAAUGCACGCUCUCAAAAAGAGAUUGCCGCUUUAUGUGUCAAGAUUCAUCGGGGAAAAGGUGGCACAUUUUAUCAAAGGGUAUGGAGGAUGGGAACAGUUGUGUAUAGAAUACCCUGUGGCAGAAGAGAUCAGUGGAGCAAUCUGGAGGAGUCUUUUAAUGACAGGUGCUACUUUGGGUUUGGUUGCAACAAUUUUAACAGUGACCUCCUGAUAAACUCUUAGAAAUUAAAUGAUGCAGGGUAUGUUUCUGGUACAACCUAUCAGUGUACUUAUAUUUAAAAAAUGGAAUUGUGUGAUUGGAAAGCUGUCUUCAGUCAGUUUAGAUUUUAUAUAACAAGUUUCCUAUUAUAUUCAUAUUUUGUAAUAACUGCAGCUCUGGACUAGUUAAAUUAAUGAGAAGAUUCUUUAUUUAAUGUUAUCAAAAUAUAAUUUCAUAUAAUACUCAAAAUUCAUGUUUUAGACAUACAUUAGGUGUACAAAUUAAUUUGGUGCCUUUUUCUUUUUUUAAUUCAAGAUUUGUUUUCAAAAAGUCAUAUUUUAGAAAUUCACAAAAGCGCGGGGAAACAUUCAAAUUUAAAUUAGUAACAUUAAAGGCCCCUAAUUGAUUUUUACAUGUAAUAUAUACAUAUAGCAAACAGGAAUCUCAAAAUUGUAUUGAAUUUAGGUAGAAACAAUCUAAAUGUAUUUAUUUAUAAUUUAUUUUAGUUAGAAAAUAUAUUAAAUAAUAAAUUUUCCUUGUCAAUCAAACAUUGUCAUAAUAAAUAUUUAGAAUUUAUAAAUCGACACAACAGUGCCCGAUCAGUAACAUUUUUUAAACAGCAAUGAAUAUUAUAUGUGGUAGUUUCUUAAAAAUUUUAUACACGUAUUUAAAGAUAAUAAAUAUUUCUAAAAAAAA